CGUUUCCCACUGCAAACUGGCAGCAACAGAGCUGUCUAAAAUUAGUGUGUGUUUUUGACCAGCUUGUGUGAUGAGAUGUAGCUAGUUGUUAUUCGUUUUCAUAUGCACAUUUUCUGCCGCUUUCAAAGGAAUAUUCCUCAACUGGGAGGGACCCAAAAGGAAAAAACUCCUGAGUCCAGGAAACAUAAGUUAACAAAAGAACAUUCCCAUUCUAACUGGCUCUUAAUACAUUACUGUGCAUAGAGAUGUUAUGGCCUCGGAGAACUUACUGAAUGGAGAUCAGAGCUUUCAUGGGAAACAAUCUGAAUCUAAUCUUCUGAGGAGCCAGGGUGAGAACCAUGAAAGCAGCAGGCCAUCAACUCAGACCAGGCCGAUGAGAGAGGACAGAAGGGGAUACAUAGCACCAGCUCUCUCAGGGGACUCUGGGGUUAGCUCCAUAGACCAUCACCAGGUGCCGGAAAGCAAUGAAAUGUGGAGCAGCUAUGGACCAGAGGACUCUACUGAAGAAACCGUGGACACAAGUACAUUUUCUGAGGAAGAGCUUCUUGAUAUAACAUUUGAGGCAUGCAAUACCGCUGGCACAGGAGAGGUUCUGGUCUCCACGAUCAUGCAGUACCUGCAGACGAUGACUAGCCAGAGCCCAGAACAGGACAGGCUGAAUGCUUUGAAUCGUAUGCUGGACCCUGAGUGCCGGGACCCCGCUAUUAGCAGGGUCAAAUUCCAAUCCACCAUGAGGGAGUGGAUUGCCCAGUGCAGCCAGGAUGGCAUGCAUGAGGACGACAAACAUAUUUCAGGGGAAAACCCUUGUAAAGUGUCUAUAAAUGGGAUGGAUUUCUCAGGUCCUGAGAUCAAAACUGCCUUCUCAGAAGGAGAACAGUGUUAUUGUGACUCCAGGGAGUUGCUGGCCACUGUGUCUGAGCUGAAGCAUGCGCACCGUAGAAUGAGUAAGCAGAACAACAGCCUGUUGAGGACUGUAUCUCAGUGUGAGGACACCAACCUGCAGCUCACAGUGGAGAUCACUGAACUAAGUGCCAAGCUGGCCAGUGCCCAGCGGUCAGCAAGGAGAACCAGGUCCCUUGUAGAGGAGCUGGAGGAGGCCAGGAGAGCCCUGAGGGAGGCAAAGGAGAGAGCCAGCCAAGCCCAGGCUAGCAGCUGCAAACUGAGCAAAGAAUGUGACUGUCUGAAAGCACACAUUAAAGUGCUUGAAGACAAGAAUGAACAACUCACACUCGAGGGGACUUGUUCUGAAGAUUGUCUCAACAAAUUGAGGAAGGUUAAUGCUGAGAUGAGGGAGGAACUUGAAGAGACCCUUGUCAUGCUGGCUGUAAGAGACAGGGAACUCACUAAGAAAGACAUACUGAUGGAUAAGCUGAAGAACUCUCAUCUGGAGAACCAUAGAAUCAUUGAGGGGCUACAGUCAGAGUUUAUGCAUUUAUCAGAGCAUUCCCAGCAAGCUCUUUUGAGGUUUGACAUGCACUGUAGCAGUCCACCAGGUUUCCAGGGAAGGAGUGGAGGUGUUCCUAACCACCGCUCGCUGCAUGCUGAGAUCCAGGACAUUCAGCAGCAACGUGUGGUUCUGGAGGAGACGACUGGUCCAAUAUGUGGGGUUCGGUCCCCUCACACUCAGAGGGACGAUAUCCAAAACAUAAUUCACAGGAUCAAGUCUGCUGAGCUGACCCACCUUCUCCACACACACUACCCAGAGAGGGAUUCUGUUGGCGGUUGUGCUGUUGAGACUCUGGAGAGGCCAUAUCCCCACAGCCAGCAGCCAAAACCUAGCAUCAAGCAGCAGCUGGUUAAUGUACUGAAGGAACUGGAGCUGCAGACUACUCUGUGGGAGGAGAGAGAGGAGAAGGUGGCGGAACAGCGGAGGCUACGGGAGCAGCAGGAGCAGAAGCAGAAGCCCCAGGCCAAGAGGGCAGCUGUGGUGAACUGGUGGAGAACCCUUAAGGUGGAGGGGAGUAGGACCAAGGCCAAGCUGGAAGACACCCUGACCCAGCCCAGCCAGGUCCUCACUGAGACAGAGUCCAAGCUCCAACAGGCAGAGCACACCAUCACAAAGAUUAGGGAACAGGUAUGCCACCUUGAGGCGGCUCUGAGAACUGCCCAGGAGGGCGUAGCUGAGCACAAAAACAUUCAGGACAGGGUGGGAGUUCUUCACAAGGACAAGGAGACCAACACGGUGAGAGAGGGACCUGGCUGGACUGGGGAGGAGGCAUCAAAGGAGCAUAAGGACGUGGCUGUGGCUACAGACCCUGUGGAGGACCCAGGUAGAUCAGAGAAGGUAGCAGCCCAGCUUGUGACCUCAGAGGGUCUGCUGGUGACCCUCAGGAGGAUGGAGGCCAUGGUCAGCAGUGCCCUGGAGGCAGCUGAACUGGUUAGGGAGAGUCAGCGAAGGGUCAGCCAGGUCAAGGAGAGGAUGGAGAGCAUCACUCAGAAGAUGGAGGAAGCUCUGAGCAGAGCAGCGGACACAGAGGGUCAGCUCAGUGCCCUGGAGGCCAGGGUCACAGCCAAACCUCAGUUGCCAGGUCCUGUAGGGCAGACAGCCCAGCCUAAUGUUAAUGCUGUAGGCAGAGACAGACCCAGGAACCCCUCUCCACCAGAGCCGGUGACCGAAAGCUACAGCACGUCUCGAUGGCCCCUUAUAAGCGGUGCCAUUUAUUCACGAACUGGAGGAGGCAGCAACAGUGGCAGCAAGAGCUGUGACGAUUCAGAGCCACCCUGCACUGAUGACAACAAACCAAGCCAAGUCCAAUGUCCUGACUUAGUCCCAGACCAAAAGCACAAAAGUACCAGCAGUGAUGGUCCUGCACCUGCAUUUUUAGGUUCCAUCCCAGUGUCAGAGACACAAGCGCCCCCAGUGUCUCCAUCACAAGUCUUCAUCCAGUACGAGUGUGCACCUCCUCUUACCGUCCCAACGGAUACACCCCCUCAGUCUGCCUGUGUCAGUCACGCUGCCGCUCACACUGAGGAGAAUGUAGCAGGUCUCAGAUCGGAGGAUCCCAGUUGCCGUGACUACUGUCAGUCAGAGGCCCGCGACUGUGGGAGUGGCCAAGCAUUGCCGCCUGGAGACUGUGGGAGAAGUCAGCCAUCAAACCCAGGAGACAGUGCUGGUAGUAAAGCCUCUGAACCAGAAGAUCGUGGGAGGAGCAACGCAUUACAACCAACAGAUAUUGGGUGUGAUCUAGAGCAUUGUGGGAGUUUCCAUUCUCGAGAUCUACCGACUGUUUUAAUAACAGGCUCAGAUAAGGAAGGAGGGGGCCACGAGUUGUACUGCUUUCCCUGGGUUCAGACUGAACAGCAGUUGGAGGAAUCCCCUACCCAACCCACUCCAGCUGAGAGCCCCUUUUUUUUCCCCCUGACACGACCCCGUGCCCCACAGCCCCCCGUAAUGCCCGUCCUCCCUGAAGAAGAGGAGGAUUCCCCUGAGGAGCUCGACAGUUCCUCCAGCUCACCCAGCACAUAUACACCAGUUGAAAGUAGAGCUGUUACCGUGGCGAUGCCUGCUCCCACCAUUGUCUUCCCAAAGCAAGCGACUGUGACCGUGGUCCAAGCAGACGGUCGCCCUCUGGAACAGACCAGACCACACAGUCCCAGACCUCGCUUGUCCCGAAACUCCCUGGCAGGACCCAUCACUACAGUCGACAGUACAGGCAAUGUGAUAGACCUGGUGAAAGACCAUCUGCCUGAGCUGCAGCUCUCGGAGGAGGACCGUCAGAAGAACCUGGUGCUACUGCAGGAGGCCAAGAAAGUCAGCGACCGCUUCCUGAGCCGCAGGGGCCGAAAGUCCACCUGCAGCCUCUCUGAAUCCCCCACAGGUCUUUCUCCUAACCACACACCAUCCUCCUCACCUGUGCCGUCCAGAAGCAGCUCUCUUAUCACAGCCCCUCAAAUAGCUGUAGCCACAGAGGUGAACUAUGCCCCCUCGUCGCCUGUCAGCCUGCGAUUGGAGGUUCUGUCUGCGAGGGAGCAGGCUGAUACCAGUACACCGGAGCAUGAGAGCACCAGGAGGUUGGUGGACUGGAAGCCCAAUGAGAAGCGUAAGGUGUCCUCAGGCACCCUGGCUCCUCGCUACUCUGUUCCCCCACCCCCCAGGGAGCCCAGUGGGGGCCAGAAGGAGAACUUUGACCCCCGGGUAACAGCUAAGAAUUGCCCAGCACCAGUACUAGUCAAUAAGCCAGAGGAGGUUCUGGCCCGAGCCCCCAACCAGGCCCCUGCCACUGGGGUGGCCAAGCCUGUCCCUCGGCCCCCCACUCAGCAGGCCCCCUGCACAGCAGAGAUCAAGACCAUCGGGGCCUUUCCUCCCCUAAUGAGAGCUGUGUCCUGGGACACUGUUGGAACUCUCAACGCCAGAAAUGGGGCACCAAGUCUCCCCUCUACAAACGAGGAAACCUUCUCCUUUCAAGACAAGACCCGGGAUGCCCUGCUCAUGUCCUCUGGGUACAAGGACUUCCCUGUACAGCCUGUCAACGUGCAGAAGCUGUCCAAAAUAAGAGAGGAGCACAAGCUGAUGCGGAACCAAAGCAUUGUGGGGUCAAAGUUGGCAGACUUGAGUGAAACAGCUGAACAGGAAAGAGGUCCCUCUCUUCUGCCCCCUGCAGGGUCUCCUACUGAUGAGGAGGCUAAAGAGAAGUCAGAUGCCAUGCCCAACAUCUCAGACAUCAUGCUGAGGAAACUCAAACUGCACAGAGGGCUACCAGGCUGUGCACCUCCACUCACGGAAAAAGAAGUUGAGAACGCGUUUGUUCAACUGUCGCUGGCAUUCCGGAAUGACAACUACACUCUGGAGACACGGCUCAAACAGGCGGAGCGGGAGCGGACCCUGACCGAGGAAAACACGGAGAAGGAACUAGAAGAAUUCAAAGGCUCUCUGAAGUGCACGGCACCACAGUGGAGUAACAUGGAGCAGCGGGAGUCCUACCAGUGCCUCAUAGAGACAGUAGCAGUACUGCACCGUCUAGCCACCAGGCUCUCCAGCAGAGCUGAGAUGGUUGGAGCAGUCAGACAGGAGAAACGUAUGAACAAGGCCACAGAGGUGAUGAUGCAGUAUGUGGAGAAUCUGAAGAGGACCUAUGAGAAGGACCACGCUGAGCUGAUGGAGUUCAAGAAGCUGGCCAACCAGAACUCUAGUCGCUGCUAUGGAGGAUCCAUAGACACUGGAGAUGAUGGAGUCCCACGGCCAUCCAGGUCCAUGUCCCUGACCCUGGGAAAGGCUUUGCCCAGGCGGAGGGUCAGUGUUGCGGUGGUCCCCAAAUUUAACCUCCUGAACAUCCCUGGUCAGACCCCGGUCAUGGCAGGUCCCGGCCCCAGCGUUGCCAUGGGACCCAGCCCCCAACUCACCAUGGGCCAAGCACUUCCUGUCCUGUGUGAAGCCAACAGUAUGAAAAGCAACUUUCCCACUGAUACUACACAGCCAGCUAUAGCUGAGAGUGGAAAGAUUGUGGCAGAGCAGGAAGCUGAGCCAUCUGCCCCAGCCAAGCCCUCCAUCAACCUAGAGGAGAUCAGAUCAGAGAUCAAGGCAAAGAUCGAGGAGGAGGCCUACAAUAAAGGCUACCAAGAGGGACUGAAGAGAAGUAAAGAAGUCAAAGAGGUGGAGGAGGAGGAGGAGGAGGAAGAGGAGAAGAAGGUAGAGAAAAAUCCAGAAAAGAAGGAUGAAAGAAAAGAAGUCAGCAGAAAAGAAAAGUUCAACGGUAAGGUUGAAGAGGUCCUAGUUGUCCUUGACAGGCGUUGCCCCAAGGUUUUCCGCCGUAACCGACUUCUCUGGAUUGUUUUGACGUUGUUCCUGAUCACGUUCCUGGCCGUCAGUGUUUUCACAUACUUUAGUGAUCGCUAUAACAACCAUGGGGACAUGUCGGCAGAAAAAGCCAUGGUUCAGGGCAAGAAGAAGAUCUUUGGACUGAAUGUAGGAGUACAGCCAAAGAAUCCCACUCCAGAAUAACAAAGAGCCUGUCUCAUACUUCUCUCAGUCCAUAGACUCUUUUUUCCAUGAUACAUCAAGAGCUGAACUUGAAUAUAGGCUUUUGAAGAUCUAGGGUUUGGGGGGGGGGUGUAUCUUUGCGAGCAUUUAUUUAGUUUUUUAUUGGUUUCAGAGGGUAAGCCUUCAAAUGAUCAUAAACUUUAUCAAGGCAUAUUGAUGUUGUGUUAGGAAAGCCGCCUCAAUGUUUCUGAUGGUGAUGUAUGAUUGUUGCUUAGGGGGCCAAGUAUAAUAGUGUGAUGAAAUAUGUUCUUAUCUACAGUGAGAUCCAGGACUUCGGAUUUGAAAUGAUACAAUGACUAUCAGGUGAAAAUGCAGACUGUCAGCUUUAAUAUGAGGGCCUUUCCAUCCCUAUCAGGUGAACUGUUUAGAAAAUACAGCGCUUUCUGUAUGUAGUCCCCCCAUUUCAGGGAGCCAAAAGUAUUUGAACAAAUUCACUUAUAUGUGUAUUAAAGAAGUUCAAAAUGUAAUAUUUGCCUUUUGACUCUACUAACCUGUUGGAUGCUUUCAUAGUUUGUUUUGGUUGUGAAUGGUAAAUAAUGUAUUGUGUCAUGGAGUUGUAAAUAAGAAUAUCCUCUUUUUCUGAGCACUUGUACUUUAAUGUGGAUGCUACCAUGAUUACGGAUAAUCCUGAAUGACACAAUGAACAGAAUGAACAGGGAGGGUUAGCAUUUUGGAGGGGAAUGAAUCAUUAUUCCCGAUUCAUUCAUAAUUAUCAUGGUAGCAUCCACAUGAAUUUAAAUAGGGUUUAGAAACAGGUUCUAUUCUUAUUUACAAUAAAAGUGACUCCAAAAUACACAAUACAUUAUUUACCAUUCAUUUCUCUUUGGCGCAAAAUAAUCUGACACACAAACUGCAAAUGCAUUCAACAAGUUUGUAUUCACAAGCUUGAUGUAAUCAUUGUGUGCUAUGAAUAUGGGACCAUAUACUACACUUUUGGCUACUUUAAUACACAUAGAAGUGAAUUGGUACAAAUAGUUUUGGUUCCCUAAAAUGGGGGGAUCUUGCACAAAAAGUCCUGUAAUUUUUAAACGAUUCACCCGAUAUGGAUGAAAAUACCCUCAAACUAAAGCUGACAGUUUGCACUUUAUAGUCUUUAUCAUUUCAAAUCGAAAGUUUUGAAGUACAGAGCCCCAAAAAUAUAUAUAUUUGUCAUUGUCCAAAUACUUUUGGACCUCACUGUAUAUAUUCACAAUGUAUUGUUAUUAUUCCUUGUCCUAUUCUGAAUGUCAUCCUGGAGGACUGAAUGUGGCCCCUUGGGUGGAGAUGGAUGAUUCCUGAUGAGUUCCCUAAGACAUUACAUUUACAUUUAAGUCAUUUAGCAGACGCUCUUAUCCAGAGCGACUUACAAAUUGGUGCAUUCACCUUAUGACAUCAGUAGACAUUAGACUAAUGUACAUUAAUCUACCACUCUGUUACUUUUAUGUUCAUUCUCUCAGGUCCAGUAAGCGGACAUCCCCUGAAGAGAUUUACAGAGAUAUUUAAAGAGAUAUGUUUUUUAAUUUUUUGAAAAUAUUUAGUAAAAUAUCUAUAUUUGUUGUAUUUAAGCAGAUACUUUUUGGGAAAAUCUAUAAUACAAGCACAUUCCAAAGUAGCUCCUCAAGUGCAAUAUUUAGCAGCUGAUGGUUCUUGUUUGUAUUUGUUGUUACUGUGUUGGUUUGCGUCCUCCGAGCACUAAAAGAUUUCCUUCAUGUACGAGAGCACUUUUAGACAGCAUGAGAAAUGUUUUAUCUUCUUUGCACUUGUGUGCCAGGAUUUUCUGUUGUGUCAUCUUCGCCUUGAAAUAAAGGUGCCUUAAAACUCCCAG